CGUCCUGUGAGGAGGAAUACAAACUUAGUGCUGGUCAGCGAAGUUACUCAAAGUUUUGUCUUUGGCGCGACUCGGCACCCUGAGCACCGUGCACAAAACAGUUUGUUUGCAUCACUGAUUUCUUUUAAAGGGAUAUGGACCCAGUUCUUGGUCGACCGCAGCGUCCCGACAGGCGAACAUGAGAACAUCAAAAAUACUUAACACACAUAUCCCUGCGCGUUUGAAAUCAAACAGGGGUGGUGGUGGUGGUGGGGGGGGACUCUUUGGCUUGUCACAUUUCAGUUUUGGUGCAUUUUGUUGCCAAUUAUGAGGCGAGAGGAAGCAACAUGUCACAUUAGACCAUCCUGCAAAUCAGACUGGAUAAAUAUCACUGAUAGAAGCAAGAAUAUGUUGCUGCUGUGGGUUUGAAAAAUACUGAAAUGCGUUGAGAUUAAAUUUAAUUUGAAGGAAAAUACAGUUAACCCAGCCUCAGUUCAGAACAGGAGCAUACAGCCAUGCAGCAGCUCUGUUUUACGCAUUUAACCUUGGCCAGGACAAACUGACUUUAAGUUACUCUGAGUGCUGUUGUCCUCACAGGUGUUAUAACAUCCUUUCGUGCAGAUAUUUUUAUGAGAUAUUUCCAACAUUUUAUAGUGUUUUCAGUCUUGCAUAAAGUAUUUUUUUUAGAUAAUAUGUUGCCUCAAAGAUUUCCAUGCGCACAGGUCCCCACUGCAUCCACAGUAGGCCAUUUACGCUGUUUUCACUGGAUUCUGUCUCAUUUUCCUUCAUAUGAGCAGAUUUUGUUGUUGUUCUUUCUUUAAAAUCAAACUAUACUGAAGUGAAUUCAUUUAAAAGUGGAUAAAAUCCAACUUUUUUCUACACCUAACAUAUGUAACAGUGCGUUAAAGCGCAGUAAAAAUGUACUAUUCCUCAUUUUUAUUGGGAAUCCCUCCCUGCCUGCCUUGCAAGCAUGGAACCCCGGGGGUCCCCACAACCCACUUUGACAAGCGAUGCUUCAACCUCUCAUUGUUUUUAAUAAACCCCGAACAAAGUGAUGUGCAUCGUGUUUUCAUUUGCAAACUAAAACUCCAUAUUAAAAAAAAGGAGAUGAAGUUGCAGGUUCAUAAACACAGAUGAAUUAUUGGAGCUAUCUGGGAGCAUGCACUGGAUUUAAAUUAGGCUUCUCCUCCGUCAGUCCAGGACUCUUUCCCUUUACUAAGGCGAGGAUGGGCGUUUGUGGACUGCUCUGGAGUCUGCAUCACAUGGCCUGGUUUCUGCCAUCCUAUUGGUCCAAGGCACGUGUCUGGGAGGACGGUGGGAAAACGUCACUCGGGGGGCUCGUAUUGAAAAUAAGAACAAAACUCCAGAGUGAGAGUAUUAGAGCAUCAGUUUAGGAGCCUCUUUAUUUACCCUUAGUUUAGUUUAGACGUAGGCAUUACUGGGCACACUGAAAUCGGAUAACAAUAAAUUGGACGGUGCGCAAAUGGCACAUGUUUUAGCUCUACGGUGUCAGGUGUAACCCGAGAUUGAGGGAAUAUAUGUCAAAAAGUAUGCUUUUCUCAGAGGACACUAUCGCAAGGCUUUGCAUGGUGUCCAACGCACUCACUAGAAUUUGAGUUUUAUUUUUUUAUUUAUUUUACGCGUGCAGUUUUUUGUUUUGUUUUUUAUUUUAUUUUUUGGCAAUUUUAAUUUCUCCGAAGUUGUUUUGCAAAUUCUAUUGCAGCAGAGAGAGCGAUAAAGGGGUUAACGAGAGUAAAGCGGGGAAAGUGAAUCAGUAUGGAAGAAAAUGAUCACGGCAACAGAGACGUGGUGGAGCGGCAGGAGUCGGCGGAUGAAUCAAACAGAGCCAUCCUACCCCUGUUACAGGCGCCGGGAAACCUGCAGAUCCCUCACCGGGUCACCAAUUUCUUCAUCGACAACAUCUUACGGCCGGAUUUCGGACGGAAAAAGGACGGAGUCGCAAACCGAGAAGAGAGUAGCCUGGCAUCGCGGGAGAGUCACAACAGCCCCGCAGCCCCUCAGACCGAGCCGGUGGGGAGCACGGUGCCAGCGGAAGGAACCUCCACUCCGCACACGGUUACCGGGACCAAGAAGCCCGCUAUAGCCGCCGAGGAGCCCCUGAAACCCCGCGGGGAGAACGGAGACCAGUGCCUAAGCUCAGACUCAGACAGUUCCCAAGCCAGCUCAAACCCAUCCCAGUCUAAACCCAUGCUGUGGCCAGCGUGGGUCUACUGCACCAGAUACUCGGACAGGCCUUCUUCAGGGCCAAGAUCUCGCAAACCAAAGAAGAAAACGACCAGCAAAGAGGACAAGCGACCACGGACGGCCUUCACAGCAGAGCAGCUGCAAAGACUAAAAUCGGAGUUUCAGACAAAUCGAUAUCUGACCGAGCAGAGGCGACAGAACCUGGCGCAGGAGCUGGGCCUGAACGAGUCCCAGAUCAAGAUCUGGUUUCAGAACAAGAGGGCCAAAAUCAAGAAGGCCACGGGCGCUAAAAACAGUCUGGCCUUGCACCUGAUGGCACAGGGACUGUACAAUCACGCCACCGUCUCGUCGAAAGACGAAAAAUCAGACAGCGAUUGAUUUCCAGAGAAGUCACAGCAGCCUCCUGACGAAAAACAAACUAUAGUAAUCCUAUGAUAGAUUUUUUUUUCUUUUAGAGAGAUAUCACCGCAAAACUCUACCUACAGGAAUAUUUAAUGAUACCACAGCAGAUGAAAAUACCAUAAAGCUCUAUUACUAUCACUGCAGAUCACAGGAAAUUUAAAAAAAUAAAAUACUACAAAGGAACAAUAAGGUCACUGGACUGUUAGAGUCCCUACAGGAAUAUUUAAUGACACCACAUGUCUCUAUAGGAAUAUUAUAGUGAUUUUUUCGUUAUAUGGGAGGUUUGUCAAGCCUACAAUGCAAUAAUUUCAUCGAAUAAAGGGCCAGUGUGUAGAGUAUACCAGCAUAAAUUGUUUAAAAAAAAAAUAGAGAGAGAUAUUUCUGCAAUAUCACGUCUAUAAAAGAUGUUGUAUAAAGGUAUGUUUUCAUUGUUUGUUUGUCGUCCCCCCCGAAUCCUCCCCACCCCUUAUACACCCACACCCACACCCACCCACAGGAGGUACAAAUGCUUACACCCUUCAUUUUUAUAUAGGCCUGUACUGCUACCCCCCCAUGAUUGUCAUCAUUUUACAUUUAAACUAACUGGCACUUGACGUUUCCAUCUGUCAGUGAAGUGAACAAACUGAAGUCCAAAGAAUAUUUUUCUGCUGCAUCCAGGCUACUGUGAAUUUAAAUAAAUGCUAACACGAUUUUA